CGUCAUGUGUCCUCGACUCCGAUUAUAAUGAAAAUGCGGCCCUCAAGUACUGGCUUCACGGGACUAUCGUGCUCGAUUGCACCUUGAGCACCCACCAGCACUAUGUCAGACCUUCCCUCCGCUAUCCACCCCGACAUCCUCCCCCGCCUCGACCCUGAAUACGUCGCAAUCCACAAUGAGCACAUAGCACACCGUGUCCCCCCACACACGAUCCCCUGGCACCCAGAUAUCAGGAAAGCACCCUACGUUCCUGGUGGCUCGCUGGUCAGGACAGUUGGAGCUGUCAAGGAUAUCAGUUUGCAGAACUGCAAGAUUCGGGCUUUCAUACCCGAAGGAACACCUCCUCCAGAAGGGUGGCCGGUAUUGCUAUACAUCCAUGGGGGUGGAUGGACGCUUGGGAGCAUCGACACUCUGAACUCAUUCAUCUCGCGUCAAUGCAAAGAGAACGACUGUGUCGCAGUUGCCUUGGACUAUCGCUUGGCUCCCGAGAAUCCAUACCCUGCAGCGGUUGAUGACACGGUUGAUGCGUUGAAAUUUAUCUAUUACAGUGGGAAGGCAGAGUUCAACGCAAACGUGAACAAGAUCGCUGUCGGAGGGUCGUCCAGUGGCGGAAACUUGGCGGCAAUCGCAUCUCUCAAGGCGCAAGAACUCACGCCUCCCAUCCCUAUCAUCUUCCAGCUAUUGCUCGUGCCUGUGAUUGACAACACAGCAUCCGUCACUGACGGACGAUACCCAUCUUGGAAAGAGCUCCAGAAUACCGUUUGGCUGAAUGAAGGGCGCAUGAUGUGGUUCCGCAACAUGUACCUUCCUGAUCCUGCGACCUGGACAGAGCCAGACAACUCGCCCAUCUUCGCAUCGGAUGCUGCACUUGCCAAGGUCCCACCUGCAUAUAUUGGCGUCUGUGAACUCGAUCUUCUGCGUGAUGAAGGAAUCGCGUAUGGCGAGAAGUUAAAAUCGCUUGGGGUGAAAGUAGAGAUGAAGGUAUACCCGAGAGCAUCGCAUCAGAUUCUUGGAAUGGACGCUGCACUGAAGGUUGGGAAGCAGCAAGCUGAUGACGCCAUCAAGGCAGUGGGUGAUGCUUUCAGAGCGGCAUAGCAUGGUGCCACAGAAGAGUGAUAAAUUGUGUACUUCUAUAUUGAAUGCGAGGGCCAGCCAACUGCGG